AUGCAAUACGCUAUGUCGGCAACCCCUAGUUCUUACUAUCAAAAACAAGAUCAAUUAGGAGCGCAAGGAGAUUUUACUACCGCGCCAGAAAUUUCUCAACUUUUUGGAGAAACAUUAGCUUUAUGGGUUAUUGAUAAGUGGUACCAAAUGAAGGGGCCUAGCAGAACUAAUCUCGUAGAACUUGGUCCUGGUCAUGGGACAUUAAUGAGAGAUUUACUGAAUGUGGCUAAAUUAGUACCAGCAUUUUAUCAAUCUUUAGAAGUAGAAUUAAUUGAGAUUAACCCGCAUUUUGCUGAGAAACAACAAGUAGCUCUUAAACAAUUUAGUAAUCGCAAGGCUGUAAAACAUCUGGCUAGAGUAGAGGAUAUUGCGAAGAUACCUUCUAUUAUAAUAGCCAAUGAAUUUUUUGAUAGCUUACCUAUUAAUCAGUAUAUUAAAAGUAAAGAGGUAUGGUAUGAGGUAGUAGUAUGUCUUGAUUCAACGUACGAGCAACUCAAAUUUGACAAGCUUUUAAUUACUCCAAGGUUACAGGCUAAUUUGCUUAAAACUUAUCCCAAUGCAGUUGAUAGCGCUAUAGUAGAAGAGUCAACCCAAUCUCAGGAUAUUAUCAAAUUUAUCAGCGAGCAUAUAAAGCUUUAUGGCGGCGCCUCUCUUAUUAUUGAUUACGGUUAUGAUGUUAAGCCGGCUCUAAGAACUUCUGAUCAAUAUCAUUCUACCUUACAAGCAAUAAUGAACCAUCAAUAUUGCGGGGUCCUAGAAAAUUUGGGUCGGGCUGAUUUAUCAGCCCAUGUUGAUUUUAAUAAAUUAAAAACAAUAGCUAAAGAUAUAGGUAUUAAUGCUUUAGGUACUAUAGCUCAAGGUGAUUUUUUAAUUAGUAAUGGCAUUUUGCUCCGCAGUCAGCUCUUACAAAAUAGAUUAACUAAUAAUGAAGUAAAUAUCAUCUCGCGUCAGGUUGACAGAUUAAUUGCAGCUAAUAAAAUGGGGUUAUUGUUUAAGGCAUUGAGUCUUUUUUAUGGCUAG